AUGGGCCAGGGUUAUUCCUUGACAACAUUGUCGGCCGGCUCGGCCGGUAUCGAUGUCCCCGAGCUUUCUGAUAUGGUAUACGAGAAAUCUCUGGGCUCCGCGCGAUUCAUGAAAAGUAUUAGAGCUCGGCAGCGGAAUGGUCUCGCGUUUGUCAAAGUUAUUAUGAAACCUUAUCCGAGCAUGCAAUUGGACCCGUACGUCAAAAAAAUAACGCGCGAAAGGGAACUGCUGGCCAGUGUCCCGAAUGCUCUCGCUUAUCAGCGAAUUAUUGAAACAGGGACUAGCGGAUAUUUGGUUCGCCAGUAUAUUCACAGCUCUUUAUACGAUAGACUGAGUACGCGACCGUUUUUGGAAGACAUAGAGAAGAAAUGGAUUGCAUUCCAACUGCUUUGCGCACUUCGAGACUGCCACGCUCAAGAAGUUUUUCAUGGAGACAUCAAAACAGAAAACGUCCUCGUCACUUCUUGGAACUGGCUCUAUCUAUCCGACUUUUCAUCAUCCUUCAAGCCUACAUUCCUCCCAGAAGAUAACCCCGCAGAUUUUUCUUUCUAUUUUGAUACCUCUGGUCGACGCACCUGCUAUCUUGCCCCCGAAAGAUUUCUGGAAGCAGGCGAAGAACCCGGAGAUCGACAAGUCAAUUGGGCAAUGGACAUUUUCAGCGUUGGCUGUGUCAUCGCCGAACUCUUCCUUGAAGCUCCUAUUUUCACUCUCAGCCAGCUUUACAAGUACCGAAAAGGAGAGUAUAGUCCCGAACAUAGCCAGCUCUCAAAAAUUGAAGACUCCGAUGUCAAAGACUUGAUACUUCACAUGAUUCAAAUUGAUCCAGAAUCCAGGUACUCCGCAGAAGAAUAUUUGAACUUCUGGAGACACAAAGUCUUUCCCGAUUAUUUCUACAGCUUCCUUCAUCAGUACAUGUCUCUGAUAACCGAACCUGCAGCAGGGAGGGCUCAGGUAGAUGCCGAAACCGGAAAUUUUGGAGAAUCUGAUGACCGAAUCGAUCGACUCUAUCUUGACUUUGACAAGAUAUCCUACUUUCUAGGGUCUACUCCAGUACCUGUCAAGGAUGGAUCGAAAUUGACAUCAGCCAACCUAAUCAACCAGGUUCUACCUGUGCAGCUGGAUUUACCAAACUCACAGCACGAGACUUCGAAUUUGGAGCCUCAAGAGGGUGCUUUGAUCUUCCUCACAGUGGUUGUCUCGAAUCUAAGGAAUACAUCGAAAGCCUCUGCGAAAGUCAAAGCCUGCGACUUGUUAUUGGCUUUUGCCGAACGACUUCCGGACGAAUCGAAACUGGACCGUAUACUGCCUUAUGUGAUGACUAUGCUUAAUGAUCGAUCCGAUGUAGUCAAAGUGGCUGCGAUUCGCACUCUGGCACAACUCUUAUCAAUAGUUCAAGUGGUAUCACCAGUCAACGCAUACAUUUUCCCGGAGUACAUCUUUCCGAGGCUGCAGCCAUUUGUGCCUGACUCCUCAUUCAAUCCCAGUGCUAUGGUCCGUGCCGCAUAUGCUUCUUGUAUCUCCUCACUGGCGCAAUCAUCUCUCAGAUUCUUGGAUAUGAUUCAAGCUCUCCGGACCGAUACACGGCUGCGCUCAGUCAUACCAGCUGGCUCCGAAGCUGACUGGACGGAAGAAGCAACCUUUCAUAAUCUCUAUGACGUGGCGAGAGCCGAUCUUCUGGAGUAUUUCGAAAUCCAUACCAAAUCUCUCUUGACGGAUAGUGAUCCCUCCGUUCGUCGCGCUUUUCUAGGCUCUGUUUCAAGUCUAUGUGUCUUCUUCGGCAGUGCAAAGAUCAACGAGGUCAUUCUGAGCCAUUUGAAUACUUACCUCAAUGACAAAGACUGGAUCUUAAAGUGUGCAUUUUUUGAAGCUGUCGUUGGGGUUGCUGCUUAUAUUGGAAGCACAAGUCUCGAGGAAUUCAUCUUGCCCUUGAUGGUCCCGUCGCUCACCGACACUGAGGACUUUGUGGUUGAACGGGUGAUACGAUCCAUGGCAGCCAUGGCAGAUUUGGGCCUGUUUCAACGGUCAACGACUUGGGAGCUGCUCAAUAUAGUUGUGCGGUUCUUUGCGCAUCCAAGCAUCUGGAUCAGGGAAGCCUCUGUUUACUUUGUCGUCACAUGCUCCAAGUAUCUAUCAUUUGCAGACAAGCAUUCCAUACUCACACCACUUAUACGACCAUUUUUAAAAACCAACAUCAUCACCGUGACGGAGGGUGAAAUACUUGAUGCUCUCAAACGCCCCUUACCAAGAGGUAUAUACGACAUGGCUAUAAUAUGGGCUCAAAAGACAGAAAAGGGCAAUUUCUGGAAGGCGGCUAGCCGAGAGAGCACUUUUAGUCUGACUGGCAGCGACGCCAUUAUCGGUAAAGGCUUUCCGAAGAACGUAUCUCUUACCGCAAUAUCGAAGAAUGAAGAAGAUUCACAGUGGAUAUUAAGACUGAAGAACCUUGGUAUGACACCAGAAGAUGAAUUCAAGGUGCUCGUGCUGCGAGAAUACCUAUGGAGGGUUGCUAUGAAAUCGCGCAAGACAUCUGAUGCGACGGAGCCGACCCCAUUGAACGACAUUUUGAGUCUCACGCAAUAUGGAAUUACACCCCAGACCGUAUUCUUUGACAAGAAUCAGGACGUCAAACAGCGAAAGGUGUCAGCGGAUAACGUGUCUACAAAUCAAGAGCCGAGAUCUCACACAAUAGCUGACGCACUUCUUGAUGCGUCGACGAAUGUUGAUUCAGCAGCACGGCGAAAACAUCAGCGAUCGGCAACGCAACGACCGAAAGAUAGCAACCCAGCACGAAGGAGUUUGGCGAUCGCGGGAGGCAUGAGAGCCGACUCUGAGGCAGCUUCUACUUCAUCUUCACCGACAACUCAGCCAGCCUCGCAGGAUUCAUCGGCUCCGAACUCGGAUAUAGAGCGAGCGACUACCAAAAAUCCCGCGGAAGCGGACAGGGCAUCGGAUCGGAGUAGCGUCAUGACGGAAACUGGCUCACUAUCACGGAUCAACUCCUUGAACAGAAUUGAAAAGAAGACCAGUGCUAUCAAUCUACUGAAUCGCAAAGAAACGGCCAAAGCUUUUGCUGAGACUAGCAUGAACUCGAUAAAUGCAUUUGGAAAAGUGGAUGUACAUUCUCAGCAGGCGAGAGCACCUGGAUCGCCGUUGGCGAUGGCAAAGGACUUGAAUCCAGUUCAGCAGCCAGUGACACAGCGAUACCGUGCCGGACAUUCGUACAAGGGUCGUGACCCUCGAAUUCUGAGGCUGCUAGAUGAUGUGUUUGCCGAAAACUACCCCACGGAUCUUUUUGAUCUCGGUCCAUAUGUCAAGGAGAUUGAUUUGCGGCGUCCAAUCCGAAGAGCUAGUGGCGAAGAAAGUGAUAAUCCCUGGAGGCCUGAAGGUGUGCUUGUUGCUUUGUUUGGUGAACAUACCGGACCGAUCAAUCGGGUAGUAGCUGCGCCAGACCAUGCGUUCUUUGUGACCGCCUCCGAUGACGGCACAGUCAAAAUCUGGGAUACAACGCGGUUAGAAAAGAACUUGACUCCCAGAUCGCGACAAACCCAUCGGCAUGCUCCCGGGACAAAGGUGAAGUGCUUGACGUUCGUCGAAAAUACCUAUACAUUUGUUAGUGCUGCAACGGACGGUAGCAUCCACGCUGUAAAGGUUGACUACCAGAGCGUCAACGAAACAGUACGAUACGGGAAACUGCAGGUAGUCCGACAGUAUCAGCUACCAGUAGGAGAAGACGGUUCGGCUGAGUACGCGACAUGGAUAGAACACUACCGCUCCGAAGCUCAGUCGACGUUGCUCAUCGCCACCAACACAUGUCGCAUCCUGGCACUUGAUAUGAAGACCAUGUUGCCACUGUAUUCAUUACAGAAUCCCGUUCACCAUGGCACGCCGAAAGUGUUUUGUUCCGACCGUAAACACAGUUGGCUUAUAAUUGGCACAUCGCAUGGCAUAUUGGACCUGUGGGACUUACGAUUUAGAGUGAGGCUGAAAGCGUGGGGUCUUCCAGGAGGCACGGCGAUACACAGACUGCAAAUUCACCCGACCAAAGGUCGUGGUCGCUGGGUCUGCGUGGCUGGGGGAAGUGUACAUGGCAGUGAAGUCACGGUUUGGGACGUGGAAAAAGUUCAGUGCCGAGAAGUUUACAGAGCAGCAUCGGCAUCGACUGUUGGAAACAGCCCGUCAACACCAAACGGAACUCCUAGUAGUCAUCGAACGUCGGUAGUCAAUACCUUGGCUGCAAUGAACACUGUCACCAAAAGCUACGAACCAUGGCGAGUAGAUGAGGACCGGCCUGAAAGCAUGCUUAGUCGUUUCGCCAAUACAUCUACGGCAGGAAUUGAGCCGAACGCAGUAUCAGCGGCGUCUCCGGGCGUAGGUGAUCCCAACGGUAUCUGUGCCCUGCAGGUAGGCUACGACAUGCCAGCCGAUGGUAAGGAAAGUACUAAAUGCGGUUUUGCGAUCUCCGCCGGAUCAGACCGCAAGGUACGAUUCUGGGAUCUCGUUCGACCCGAGCUAUCAAGCAUCGUCAGCGGCUUGGACGCUUCUUCCGCUGAGGCCGGCAUAGCCGCCAAACCGCGCUACGAGACUGUGCAACCAACGACAAGUCUCACGGUCACGACGGAACAGUUCCCCAACCUCGCCAAAACAACUGGGAGUAGCGCCGGCGGACGGAGCGGAACUUCAUCGUCUGCCAAGAAGGGCCAUAGUGCGAGCGCAUCGCGUCCGCCGCGUAGUACAGUGAUCAGUCUGCAACAGCAGCAGUUAUUGAAGAGUCAUCUAGACUCGAUUCUGGACGUAGCCAUUCUCAGGGCGCCGUAUGGGAUGACUGUGAGCGUGGAUCGGGCUGGGAUGGUAUAUGUGUUUCAAUAA